AUGUCUGACCAAGAAGGUGAUAAGAAGUCGGGAUACCGCUUAGAAUAUGCCGCUAGCAACCGUUCGGUCUGCAAAGGGCCCAAACCGUGCAAUGGUACCAAAAUUACCAAGGGCGAAUUGCGACUAGGGUCCGUGGUUGAUUUUAGGGGGAACACGACCAUGGUCUGGCGCCAUUGGGGUUGUACUACACCGCGAAUCAUCCAAAACAUGAAAAAGUCUUUUGAGGAGGCGGACGAGCUCGACGGUUUUGAGGACCUCAAGGAUGAGGACCAAGACAAAAUCCGCAAAGCAUGGGAAGAGGAAAAGGUGGCUGACGAGGACAUCCCUGAGACAGCGCGGAAGCCUGAGGGCGAGGAGGGCGAGGAAGAAGAAGACGACAAACCAAAGAAGAAAAAGGCUGCUGGAAAGGCAGCAAAGAAGGAAGAUGCAGAUGAAGGUGACAAGAAGGGCGUCUUCAAGCUAGAGUAUGCAUCCUCGGGCAGAGCGAAGUGCAAAGUCUGCCAAGAAAACAUUGGAAAGGAUUUUUUCCGUAUAGGCAACGAAGUGGACUUCCGUGGAAACAAAUCUUUCCAAUGGAAACACUGGGGAUGUAUCGACGCGAAGACGGUUACGUCACUGAAAACGUCGUAUGGCGAACCUUCUGAGAUCGAGGGCUGGGGCGAACUCAAGGAGGGCGAACAAGACAAAGUUCGUCGAGCUUGGGAAGAAGGUGCAGUGCCGGAGGAAGACCAGGGUGCCGGCGAAGCUGUCGAUACUGGCAAGAAAGCCCCUGCGCGCCGUCGCAAGAAAGCCGAGGACGCUGACGAUGCUGAGCCUAAGAAAAGGGGCAGGAAGCCCAAGAAGGUCGAAGAUGAAGAUGAGGAUGCGGAGGAAGAGAAACCGAAGCGCAAGCGUGCGCCUGCAAAGGCUAAGAAUGGUGCAGGCGAGAAGAGCAAGGCUGCUCCGAAGAAGCGCGCUUCGAGGAAGAAAAAGUCUAGCGACGAAGAGGACGAAGCAUCGGCAGAGGACUUCGAGGAUGAGCUCGCCGCCGUCGGUGAUGACUUCGAGGACGACGAGCUGGAGGAGGAGGAGGCGCCUCCGAAGAAGCGUCAGCGUGCGCCGACAUCCAAGGCUUCGGCCAAGGCAUCGAAGCCCCCCUCGAAGAAAGCCUCGAAGCCUGUGUCGCGUAAGAAAAAGCAGCAGGAGGAGAUCCCUGAGGAGUCCGAGGUGGAGGAAGACUGA